UCCACGUCGGAGGCUUGAGCCCAGGCUGAGCUACAUGUGCCUUAUCUCAUCAAGUUAUAACGAAGCGGCUGCCGCCUCCAUUGAUCCAAGGGCACCUCUCGUGUCGGGGCAGCAUUCAGCUCAUCUCUGCCGGUCAUUAUUGCUUUGGCCCCCCUCAUCCGCCUUCCAUCGAUUUGCCCUCUGUUCAUUCUUACCUCGAAGCCUUCCAACAGCACAAACACAUAUAUUCAGGCUUCAGCUCCACCAAAAGCGCCGUUGGCCGGCCGUCAGGGAGCCGUUGGUUGUCCGUUUGGCCUCCGCCUCCGCCUUCCCGUCGCCUCGACAGCGACCGUAGCUCAGCGUCCCCCGCCUCGAACCAGCCUUUAUCCUUCCCCUCUCGGCCUUCUCUCUAUCUCGAAAAUCUCUAAGGCAACAUGACUACGGACGAGCUACCGGUAGAAGACACGGGCGGUCGGGCGCAAGGGGCCCCGAUGACGCAGGCGAGGGCGAUGGGGGUUCAAAUGCACUCCUCUUGCUCCGAGUGUAGACGCCGGAAACAAAAGUGUAGCCGAUAUUGGCCGUGCCGGCACUGCGGCACUCGGCGUGUUGCCAACGAAUGCACCUUUCAGUCCGUUCUCGAGGUAAAGGCUCCCGAGGAACGUCGGGCCCGGCUGGACAAGCUUGCGGCGGAGAUGGAAGGGGCGAGCUUCUUCUCGCAAGCCUUGAAUGAAGAGUUGGACGAUGGCAGUCCUAGCACUGUUGACGAUCUUGAGGCAUUGGGGUACUCAAGUGCUCACGCUGUCUCGAGCUGUAGCCUUGAGCCAGAGGAACAGCAGCACCAGCAUAGUCAUACUUGGGAGCCUCUAAGGACUCCUACGAAGCCCGAAACUCCAGUGUCUGUGCUUGUAAUGAUAUGCUAUCCUCGAAACAAUAACGCCUUGAACACCACGCUUCCUUGA